CUUGUUUCACAAACAAAAUCCACCUUACUCACUCUCUCUUACGCGGUCCCUCUCGCUAUAUGCUCACUGUCCCCAAUCUCUCAGCUCCUGCCCCGCCUUAGGGUUUCUUCUCCUUCCACUUCCCUGUCAAACAAACCUUAACCUCUAAGAAAACCUCCCUUAAUCCUUACACUUUUAGCCUCUGUUGAUUAUUUUGCUUCGUGUCUCCUGAAAUAGAAGUAAAAAUCAGCGCUUGGCUACCAGCUAAAACCAAGCAAUUCAUGGCCAAAACCAAACCUGGCAAAAAAGACCUUGAUUCUUACACUAUCAAAGGCACCAACAAAGUUGUUAGACCUGGUGAUUGUGUGUUGAUGCGCCCAUCGGAUACAGAUAAGCUUCCAUACGUGGCACGUAUAGAGAAAAUCGAGGCAGAUCAUCGAAACAACGUUAAAGUUCGUGUACGGUGGUACUACCGGCCGGAGGAAUCCAUUGGGGGACGCCGUCAAUUCCACGGGGCAAAAGAGUUAUUCCUGUCAGACCACUAUGAUGUGCAAAGUGCACAUACAAUCGAAGGCAAGUGCACAGUGCACUCCUUCAAGAACUACACUAAGCUUGAAAAUGUUGGAGCUGAGGAUUACUUUUGUAGGUUUGAAUACAAGGCUUCCACUGGUGGUUUUACUCCCGAUCGUGUAGCCGUGUACUGUAAGUGUGAAAUGCCAUACAAUCCGGAUGAUCUCAUGGUGCAAUGCGAGGGAUGCAAAGAUUGGUUUCAUCCUUCUUGUAUGGGUAUGACAAUUGAAGAAGCCAAAAAAUCAGAUCACUUUCUGUGCUCUGACUGCUCAUCUGAUGAUGAUGCAAAAAGAUCUUUGAAUGUAUUCCCAGUAUCACCAUCACUUGAGGUUAAGGUGGAGACAAAACGCAGGAAGAGAUGACUGAAGUUGCGGUGCAUAACAAAGGGCUAGUAAAUGUUCUUGCACGAGCUCCACCAUCACUGUCGUCCCUGUUGGGUUAUGUUAUGGAAAUGUACAACAGUGCAGAGAAGAUAUCGUGCUUGCACAAACAAGAGGCAUUUUAUUAAUUAUCAUGUUCCAGUGUUUGUAUGUGUGAAUGGACUUGGGAGAUGGUUUCGUGAUCAUUGAUGUCCUUGCGAAUCUCUGCCAAAAAAAAGAGCAGCCCCAUAAGUACCUACCGCGACAGUGAAAUGAAAAUUUAGAGAACUUUUAGAUUUUCAAGUGAUAUUCUGCAACUGUCAUGAUAGCAAUGCUCUUUGUUCUUUCUUUUUUUUUCCUUUUUUUUUUCUUUUUUAAUAAGAAGGGGAUAUAAAAGUAGAUAAGAUCGGAGCUGAGCAAGAGCUUUGAUGGAAUCUCCUGGUUGAAGGAAAUCACAAGAGGGUCUGCUGUUCUUUUUAUAGGUUCUGUAGUAGAUUCCUUUGUCAAAUUUGGAAUGAUUUGUUUCAUAUAGUUUUGGACUUUA